AUGGGAGAUGCACCAGCAGUUGCGUCUCAAGCAACUACAGAGGAACCAUCAAUAAAAUUUUUAACCUUUAAUACCUGGGGUCUCAAAUAUGUUUCCAAGCACCGAAAGCAAAGAUUAAACAGUAUUGCUGAUAGAUUGGCAACUGAUAAAAAAUAUCAGUUUGAUAUCAUUGCCUUGCAAGAAGUCUGGUGUGAAGAAGAUUGGGAAUAUUUUAAGUCAAAAUUGUCUAAUAUUUUUCCAUACACCAGGUAUUUCAGCUCUGGUAUAAUAGCGGGUCCUGGUUUGGCAAUAUUAUCCAAGAUCCCUAUUGAAUCUACUUUCCUUUAUCGGUUCCCUAUCAAUGGCAGACCUAGUGCGUUCUUUAGAGGUGACUGGUUUGUUGGAAAAAGUAUAUCGGUUACCAUAUUGAAAAAAUCAAAAUUAAAUAGCAUGCCUAUCGCUGUUUUGAAUAGCCAUAUGCAUGCACCAUAUAGUGCUACUGGUGACGCUGCUUACGAUUGCCAUCGAGCCUGUCAGGCUUGGGAUUUUGCCAAAUUAUCGAAAAUGUUAAGCAAGGCAGGAUACGCCGUCAUCGUAGUUGGAGAUUUGAAUUCAAAGCCCGGAUCCCUACCAUUUAAUCUUAUUACCAAAGAAUCAGGUUUGCAUGACUCUUGGGAUGUUUUGAUCAAAAAUAGAAGCCUGAUUACUGGCGAAGAAGUUCUUUCAGAUUUGCAAAUUUCCCAAUUAAACCCAGAGCAACAAAUUGAUAGGGCAGCGACUACGUGUGAUUCGGUUUUGAACUCCUGGAGAGCCCAUUUACCUAGCACGAAAGCUUGCAGAUUAGAUUACAUUUUGAUUAACACUUGUCUAGAACCCAUUGAAGCAGAAGUCAAAUUCACUGAAAAAAUUCCAGACAUUGGGAGCUAUUCUGAUCAUUUUGCAUAUUACUGCCAAUUAAAAAUCAGUGAUUCUGCAGCUCAAAAAAAUAUCGAAAUGGAACUGAAGAAUUCUCUUUUCUCCAGAAUUGAAAAUAUUGAAAAGCUAAGGGCUUUGAUCUCCUCCUAUGAAAAGGAGACCAUAUUAUCUUGGAAGCAAUUGAAAUGGAGGGCUCUUCACGUUAUUUUUUCGUUGAUAAUCAUAAUCGGCUUCCAUAUUAUGGUACCUUUUACAAGUCUGCUAGCUAGCUGGUCUUCUGUUUUGAUUGUAUUUGGGACGUUUGUGGUUUCGGUUCUUGCCACUACUAACUUUUUCAUCGUCGCUCUUUUCUUGCCAAAGGAGUGGAGAGCUUUAGAGGAAGUUAAAAUGGAGGCAGGCGAUAUGGAAUUAAGUUUAAAAGAGACAAUCGAGGAAAUUACCAUUGGCUCCAAAUAG